AUGGACGAAGAUCCGCGACCUUUCUAUUCCCCUUAUAUGCUUAUUACCGUUCCGUUACAAUUUGCAGAUGGCCGCACACUUAAUAUACCACCUCAUCUACUUUCCCAGAGCCCUAAGCUGGAGGCUAUGUAUCAAGAGACUCGGCUCAAAUUUCCCGAUGUUUCUGAUGAUGUAGGCCAUGUCAUCAUUCAUUACCUCUAUACCGGUACCUAUCAGUCCCUUCGACCAGAAGGUUCGGAGCUUCAAAAGGCAUUGUCUACUGAGUUUUCAACAAGUAUUCGUGCUUAUAAUGCUGCUGAGACCUACGAACUUCCCAACUUGGCGGAGCUUGCAAAAGCUGAAAUUGAGCGGCUGGGCGAGAAGCUCCAAGUUUCGCUAGUAUUCGAUAUAUUACGAGAAGUCUGCCCAAAUCCAGGCACUGGUGAUGUGUGGCUCAGCAACUUUCUGAAAAACCGGCUGAAGAGCUUCCUCGGGGGUGGUGUCAUGAAACCACUGCAGAGCAAGACGGGUAUUCCGCACAAGACCGUACCGAUCAGCCACAUCCUCUUCAAGGGUAUGCUUGAACUAUUUCAGGAACAGGAAGAAUCACGACUCGAAAAGAUCCACGACACGUUCGAGGUAGCGGCGGGGGAUUGUUCAGGCUUUCCGCUAGCAUCGAAUUAUUCAUUUGCCAAGCCAGUCGUCAGAUCUAACAUGAACAUUGGAGAACUCGAGGGCAAUAUAUUCAAUCCUGAUAAUAUGUGGGUCCCUCCUUGGUUGAACCAGAAGAAAGGCAGACAAGUGAAUACUACGCCUGAGGUACUGGAGAAGAACGGUUCAGAGGAUAUGUCCACGCAAGAUGUUGGGACGAGUCAAUAUGAGAAGACUGAAAAGAUCUCUGGCAGCGUGGGUCAACUGAAUGAAGACGAAAGAAAAGAGCAGGCUUCCCCGAAAACACAACAGCAAGUCAAUCAAGAAAUCGAACAUGCAAUAGAAACAGUUGAAGAACAAAUUAACCAGGAGGCUGCAAUUGCUGAAGAAGAAGCAGAAAUUGCUCAACUGGUUGAGACGAGGAGGCAUACAAUUUGGGGCAUGGAUAGAUCAGCAGAGCUAAGGCUCAAUAUCCUCCAGGCAAAAGCCAAAGAGAGGGCUAAGAGGCAAGCCUUUCGUAAAGCAGAGGAGUCAGUCAAGGAAAAGGGUAUAAAGAGCAGAAUAAGCAAAAAAGCCAAAAGGAACUAUGACAGCAAUGUGGUCGAGGUCGAUCCUCUAUCUGGACGACCAGAGAAUCAUCUCAUGGCCACACAGCAGACAAAAGGCAACAACGACAAGGAAGACAUAGUUGACACAUGGGUUUCGCUUUGCAAAAAUGCAUCUGAAGAAAAACAAAAGAUGGACAGGGACUCUGAGUCAAAUACCCCGGUGGGUCAUUCAUCAGAUAACGAUUCAACAAUGAGUAUUUGGUCUUUGGCAAAAGGCCAAACUUGA